GUUGAUGAAUUUAAUGUUUCUCAUGUGUUCACUGUAUUUAUGCUACGUCGAUCCGACAAAAGGAAAGAUCGAGUUGAAAUAUCACCAGAACAAUUAUCUUACGCUUCAACACAAGCAGAAAUAUCCUUUUUGUGUUACUGAAGGCCAUUACAUCACACAAUUUUUACUUCUACGUGCAACAAAACGUCUGGAACAGAGCUAGGUUAUGUAAUGUAAAUAGUAUUAAUUUUGCCGACAAAUUGUGAGGUAUAUUCUACAGAAGUUUAAAACAGGGUCCCAUGACGGUCCUUGAAAAUCCUGGAAAGUCCUUGAAUUUGUUAAAAAAAUCCAGGCCUGGAAAGUCCUUGGAAACUGAUAAGGUCCUUGAAAGUUCUGGAUUUUUUUUCAGUAGGCUGGAAAUAAUUGAAUAUAUAUAUAUAUAUAUAUAUAUAUAUAUAUAUAUAUAUAUAUAUAUAUAUAUAUAUAUAUAUAUAUAUAUAUAUAUAUAUAUAUAUAUAUAUAUAUAUAUGUUAAUUAAAUCAAAGAUUCGAAACUUUUCUGGUGACAUCAGUCUGUUGCUAUGGAUCUGUCGCGACGCAUCUUUUUUUACAAUAAUAAGUUUAUGAAAUGUAUUCCGUAUGAAACCUGGACUAUGACAAAAAGAGGACAUAUUAAGGAGAAUACAGGCAUUCGAAAUGUGGUGCUGGAAAAAAUGCUUAAAAUCGGCUAUACACAGCAUAUAACAAGUGAGGACGUUUUGACGAUGCAUGAUUAAUGAAAAAGGUUGUUAUACUGCAAAGAAUAAUUGGACAACAAAAGAUGUAUAUUGCCAUGACCUAAGUCACCAUGACUGCAUGAGGACCUGUUAACAGCAGCCAUAAAGGUCAUUUUCUUGGGAAAAGGGACAGAUGAAGAAAAAUGUGUUCAUUGCAAGCUAUAGCAAUAUGAAGAAAAGAGCUAGUGAUAGACAAGCAUGCAUGGAAAAGUUUUAGCAGGACACUUUAGUUAUGAGCUUUUUCUAUACCGCUGUAUAAUUAUAUAAUGAUCAGAUACUUCCUUAAUGAUAACUACAGGUUAGGAAUGUUAACAGCAAAGAAAUGUCCAAUGAGAAUUUUAGGCUGGUAUCAUUCACAUCCACACAUAACUGUUUGGCCGUCUCAUGUUGGUAAGUAUAUAUACGUGCAUGCAUAAUAUACUAUAGUUUCCAUUAAAUAAAAGCUGCAUAUCUGAUUGGCUAUACCUAGCGGUGCGGUUUUUGUUAGAGGAGAGAAUGUAAACAAAUUUUACCAAAUAUGCCCUACUUUUGCAACGAAAAUCGAACUAUGCAUGGGAGUCUUUAUCCAGAUGAUUACAAGAAAUAUUCUAGUCAGUAAUUCACUUUGCCAAUUUGCGGUUUUGGGGAGGGAGAGAAAACAACGUCGAUGAGCUAACAUUUUGGCACGUUUCAUGGGCCGUACGAAAGACAUUGAUCGUAAAUCAAGAAUUUGUAAGUUUGAAUUUAUUUGAAAUAAAUGUGCAUAAUCGGGUCAAAAAUAUCUAAUUAUCGAAUGUAAAGACGUUUCUUCUAUCGAGCCACUGUCUUAAAGUGUUUUUUACAGUCUGUGGCGAAUUUCAAAUUUAUUUUAAUAUGCAGACGUCCAGACACAGGCUAUGUAUCAAAUAAUGGAUCCAGGUUUUGUUGGCUUGAUUUUCUCAUGCUUUAACGAUGAUACAGCUUCGACGGUAAGUAUCGUCAUCAUCAUUUCUAUAUAUUUUGUUCUGAUUUAAUGGGGUUUUUUUGCUGUAGAAUAAUUUAGUUGUAGGCUUUCGACACGAGAUCAAAGAAGUGAAGAAUUGCACGCCAAUUAUCUUGGAUAGGUCGUCGUCUUAAUCUAUAUAUAGUCUUGCGAUAGUCUAGUAAUGCGAUUUGGUUUUCUGCAAUCUCCACAUCACUGCAUCAGCACGACAGACACGCCAAACAACUCUGUAUGCAUUAUCUGCAUGAAUUGCUUUCGAAUGCAAUCUUCAGAUAUCUAAAAUGUUUAAUAUAUUUUUUUACCAUCAUUUGUGCUGUGUGGUUUCAAGUAUAAACAACAAGUCAAAUGAAAAUAAAGCAAUACAGUGCAUGCAUGGCCCACUUACUAUAGACAUAGUGAAAAUGUUCGCACGAACUGAAUUCUGUAUUCUUCUCGAGUCAACGGUUCUUUUCGAGGUCGUGGAGGAGUCAUGAUUUAAAAAAAAGCUGCAGUGUUCAAACAUCUGUAGCCGUAGGGAAGGUUGUAAUGUUUGGCGAACUUUAUACCCUAAUUAUGCAUGUGUGUAUGAUCCAUGCGUAGGAACAAAAUAAUUUACGUUGUCUUUGGUCAUCAUCAUCCCUAUCCUCAUCGCCAUCCUACUUAAAAUAAUCAUUUCACUUCCAUUUUAUGGACAGAUAAACACCACUUUCUCUAUCUUUUAGAGUGGUCAGAUACAAUUGACUUGUUUCCAGUCACAAGUAAAUAUCUCAGGCGAGUAAGUAAUGCUGUCUCGUAGAAAUAGUAGAUACCUGUAUCUAUUAUCCCCGGCGCGGACCGCCGUUGUAUAGGGUAAGCCCGGGUUGCAUGAGGGUACUAAUUUCGCACAGCUAUUUACUCCCGGGAAAAUGAAGGCUGCUAGCGGUUUCAAAAGUGGCAUAGUGGGUGGUUAUCUCACUGACACUGAUCUCAAAAUAUGGCGGCCUGCAGGGGUGGAAAGAGCCAACUGCCAAGUAGUGAAAAGAAUGAAAACAUAUGUGAUAUGGAAAAGUCUUUCAAAAUUAUUUCCAGGAGCGAACUGUAUGAUUGAACUGAUGUCGUUGCAACUUUGUUAAAUAGUUAAUCGGCAAAAAGCAUACAUGUAUGUAAUAUAAAGUUAAAUGAACAUUUCGUGAAGCGUUCAAGGUUGAAUAUUACCUUAAAUUCAAGCUUAUAGAGUGAGAAAUAAUAUACCUACUUUACCUUUACUUUAACAUACCUAUGCUGCACGAAAUUUAAAUUAGCUUUACGAACCUUUUAUAAUUUAUUACAAAUUUCUAGAUAUUAUCUAAUAUUUUACAAAAUUGUUCAUAUAUAAGUUUCUGAUAGUUGUAAUGUAAUUGCAUGCAAUUUGACAUUGUAGUAAGUCCAUUGCAUUUUUAACCCUUUAAGUGGCAAUGCGCCCUGAUACGCCCUACUUUAUUAUUUUACUCUGUCUAACGCCAGACGAUAUUACUCUUCAGAGGGAGAGUGCUGCCACUCAAUGGGUUAAACUAAAGAUGGAUCGUUAAAUCAUCAUAUAUUUUAGAAAUUGAUAGUUCGAGUCAAACUUCGAGAGUUAAAAGAAUUAAACUUCAUUAAUAAUUUUUUGCUGUUUUGCUCAAAAAAUGAAAAAUUAAAAACAAUUAAACAAUUCGUGUUGCCAUGGCUAACAUGACGUGAGCAACGCGCGCCUGCGUACAUUGGUGGCGUAAUUUAGAAUACUUCAUGUUAAAAAAUUGUUUAGGAAAAUAAAGGCGAGGGGUUGAUGCAUGCAUGUAUUUCUAGUUACUAUGGUAAACACUAUCGUUUAUAGAUACAACUAGAUAAUACUAUAGAAUCCCGAAAGUAGCUCCCCCUCCCGGAAGAAAAGUUGACCCCCCCAUCAAGAAUAAAACCUGGCGGACAACGUAUAAGUAACGACCCUUCGCCACUGUUUGAGAUUAAGCGGCGGAUACUGUAAAACCGUAAGUAAGCGGGGCCGCUACUUUCGGGAUUCUACGGUACGAUGUAUAAAAUAUGAGUCAAAUAAUAAAAAUAUCUAGGAAAUCCAUCAUCAGAAACGUAGUCAAGAUGUUUGUUACAUUUUCCAGAUAUUUUUUAUAUAUACAGGUAUAUAUUAGUUUAAGUCCUAGGAAUAAUAUAUAAUUAUAUAAGACUAUAAUUUAUAUAAGGCUUUAUUUAACAAUGAUUCGCCGAAGGCGAGGUGAUUAUCGGUGAAUAAAAACCGAGACGAUGUCGAUGUUUUUAUUCACGAUAAUCACCGAGCCUGAGGUGAAUAAUUGUUUUAGUAUAAUUUCAUAGGUGAUUAUUUGGAAAAAAAUACACAUUUCUUCGUCAUUUAAUUGACAAAACGGCUUUGGCUGCCAUUUCGAAAAUCGCUUAUAGGUGAUUACUGAUUCCAAUAAUUUACCGACUGGAAAACGCUAUUGACUGGAAAACGCUACAUUUACCGACUGGAAAACGCUACAUUCCAUGUAGGUUCGUGACCAUGAGGUCUGAGCACGAGUAAUAACUAUAAUUGUAAUUACUCCUUCAGGAGCAGUCAUAAAUUUAUAUUUAAAUAAUGUCCCUUCAAAUGCACUGGUAUUUUGAAUUAAAAUCUAGAUACAACCGAGUUGAAGUUCCUGUGGAGAUAGUUCCGAAUGAGGCCAUUAGUGAUGCUUGUCUUGAAGCAUUGGAACAACUUCCCGAUAUUUUGGGACAGGUAGAUAUAUAUCUGGUUGUACUACGCUUGUUUAGCUUUAAUGGGAUAGAUAAAACAACUCAAAGUAUGUGGGGGAAAAAUCGGCUAGCGUCUUGUUUUCAACUUACUUUUCGGUAUUUUCUUAGCCGGUAAUAAACGCUUUCUCGUUUGCACUCAGCGAGUAGGCUUGGGAUAGGGAUGCACGUAUAGGUUGUGCAUGGAAAUUCGGGUCAAUGUUUGUGCACCCCAUGAAUUAAUGUUGUUUUUUAUUAUAGGAAGAAGAAGAAGUGUUUCAAAAAACACUCAGGUAAAUUGACCAAAAACAAAUAGUAUAAACAUACUCAUAAACAUGCAUAAACCUACUUAACUAUAUACAGCACCUAUACUAAAUCCUCCGGCAAAACUACAAUGAUUGAAACACAAAAACGUUAUUGUGAAAUGGUACAGCCUCCGCAGGUAUCUCUUAGUCUAGGGGGGAUCAGGAAAACGUUUUUGACACCCAUAGAGAUGCUUGCAUGCGGAGGAGGCUACAGUGUACAGCGCUUUCUCAAGUUUUAAUAGAGCGCUGUUGAUUUCAUUACGAGUACAACUAUAUUAUUCUUUUUCGGGCCAAUUACGCCGUGUUUCACUGGCAAACUGACAGUAAUCCUCCUAAUCGGUAAGAAAUACUGUAAAGCUGUCAAAUCGAUGUGGAAAGUCAUCAGGAACUGCGUUCCUCGUAAAUACACUACGAAACCAAGUUGGUUCCUCGUAAAGAGACUACGAAACCAAGUAAUUCCGGAGAUGUUAAGAAAUUGGCUCAUGAAUUUAAUAACUUAAUUUUUUACCUCAGUGGGAAUAAAUACAUCAGCAACUGCAAUGGCAUUGGUGACUGCACAUGGACUAUACCUAUACUGAAUCCACCAACAUCUACCAAAAUACCUGAGAUCGGUCAGUUUUAUUUCCAUUCAGUAUCGUGUAGUGAAACAAGUAGGAUUGUUAUGUCCUUUUCAUCAACUAAGGCAUCAAGAUUUGACAAACUAUCAUGCAAUGGUUGUGAUCAAGGACGCCUUACCGUGCAUCCUUCUUACACUUACGCAAAUUGUUAAUUGCUCCCUGGAGAAGACAGGUGUUUUUCCAACAGCUUGGACGAAAGCAGAGGUUAUCGCACUUCUGAAGGAAGGUGGGAUUAUGAAAUUCCCAACAAUAAUCGGCCUGUGUCGUUAGUGGCUGCAUCUCAGAUCUGUGAACGCGUGGUAUUAAAGAGCAUAUUACUAAACAUCAAAGUGGAAAUAGGAAGUCACAUUCAACCGAAACAUUAAACAUGUUCAUCUCAGAUUUAAUUAUGGAUUGUAGAGAAGUGACUGAUUUACUCUUACUGGAUUUGUCUAAAGCUUUUGAUAGCUUAUAGAUCAUUCCAUUCUGCUAAGAAAACUUUCGAAUGUUGCAUUAUGUUGGAAUCUCGAAGACUGCAUGCGUUAGUUUGGUUUAAAAGCUAUUUGACAGGCAGGAGUCAAUCGGUACGUAUUGUGUCAGUGCGAUCCGAUGAAUGUGAAAUAACUCGCGGUGUUCCGCAGGGAUCGACAAUAGGACCGAUGUUAUUUAAUAAACUAUUUGCCUGGUGUACCAAAGGAGUCCAAUUUGGAGUCGGUGGAUGACUCAAAAAUAUAUUUAGCAUUUUCAAUCAUGCAGGGAUGCCGAGUGGGCAGCUAUGAAACUCGCAGAAGACAUGCGAAGAAUUACCGCCUGCUGCUGUCUUAACAGUUUGGUGGUGAAUCCAGAAAAAACUAAGAUGCUCAUAUUCGGUACUAGGUAUGGAAAUUUUCCUAUAACUAUCCUUGGUGAGAUUAUUACCCCAUGCUUGCUGUUGCAAAGGAUUUAUAGGGAUGAUAUCGGACUCAUGUUUGAGCUACGACGGGCAUAUCGCAAGCGUUGUUUCAUCUUGUAUCGCGGGAUUGGGCCGAAUUAGUAUAGGUAAUCACACGGGAAGGAGUGCAUUUAAUGAUUAACACUACGAGUGAUAUUUGAAAAAUGUGCCAAAAUUGCACGAGCGCCGAGGCGAGUGCAAUUUGGCACAUUUUUCAAAUAUCACGAGUAAUGUUAAUCAUUAAUUGCACGACUUGCCCGUGUGAUUAUUUAUUUAUUAUAUGCAUGACAAAAUCGCUUUCUUUAUAUAUCAACUGCAUUUUGUCAGGAGUUUUUAAUUCUUUUGUAAGCAAUUUGGUAUAAACAAACUUGGGAAAUGAUUAUAAACUCAUAAAGGCACAUAACUUAAACUAGAACACAAGAUUCAAACUCAAACAACAUAUUUUAGACUAAGAAAAUCUUUAUAAAUUAUAUUUCAAACUUACAUAGUCACGUUUCGCUGCAUCCCGCCAAGAUUAUUUCUUAAGACUGUUUUCUGGUAUUUUCCACAGGCUCUUUUUGCCAUACAAUGUUUCUUAAACUCAUUCUUGUGCCAAAAUUCAGUUAAAUUCGUCCACAUUUGUUAGAAAUACUUAUCUAAAUUUCGCCGCCAUAUUGGAUUUUGUUGUUUUGAUUUCCCGCUCCCCCCAGCCAUCAGGAAAAUCAUUAAUUGCACUCCUGGAGAGUGCAAUUAAUGAAAUAAUUGCACUCCUCUUAACCAAUCAGAUUGCAGUAAUGUUGUCAUGUAUAUAAUAAACAGAGUUAAACAUAUCUUUGACAGAAAAACAUUAAUUCUUAUUAUGAACUCCCUAAUUUUUAGUAAAAUGUAUUACUGCUCUGCUUUCUGGUUUAAAACAUCCCAAAGAAAUAUUGAAAAGCUUCAAGCGGUCCAGAACUUUGCUGCACUUAUUGUCACCGGAACAAGAAAAUACGAUCACAUGACUCCUGUUCUGCAACAACUGGGUUGUCUUCCAGUCAAAUAUAUGUUAAAACUAAGAAAAGCCAUGCAAAUGCUUGAAGAGGUUGGCACCAUCGUAUUUGUGUGAGAAGUUUCAUGUCAGGUCAGAUGUUCAUGACGUUAAUGCAAGGCAAAAGAACAUUUUGGAUAUUCCAAUGUACAGGUCAGCUGCGGGUCAACGAACAUUUCAUAAUGGGGCUGUGUCCUUGUGGAAUUCUCUGUCACAGUCUCUUAAAAACAUUGAUAGUUUGACUCAUUUUAAAAUAGAAUACAAACGUAUGUUAUUAGAAGAAUUCUUAACUGAAAGUAGUAAAACUCAAAAUUAGUUUUUAGAUAUUUUAGAUAUAGAAUUUCAUAUUUGUAAUUAGAUCCUGAAAAGCCCAAUUGGGAGUAUCUAAUAUUAUAUAAUAAUAAUAAUAGUAAUAGCAAUAGUAAUAGUAAUAGUAAUAGUAAUAGUAAUAAUAAUAAUAAUCAUGAUCAUCAUGAUCAUCAUGAUCAUCAUGAUCAUCAUGAUCAUCAUAAUCAUAAUCGUAAUCGUAAUCAUAAUCGUAAUCAAAAUCGUAAUCAAAAUCAAUUAGUUUUGGUGUUUACAGCAAUUUUACUCAACAUUUUGUUUUAUGUUUUUUUUAGUAACCUCAGACGGAAAAAUAAUCUUUUGACUACCGUGCACAACGGAGCAGGUGGGUUUCGGCCGAUCCAAUGGUGACUUUUUGUUGGUGAAAAUACGGCUAUAGGGACUGUGCAUUAUUGAUACCUAAUGUUGGUACUGAAGAAAGGCUAACAACAUUCAAACCGCUCUAAGCUAGGAUUACACGUGCGAUUUUUUUCUCGCGCGGGCAACGCAACGGGUCAAAUUUAAUCGCGUUGCCGGCGCAAGAGAAGUGGCAACACGUGCAACGAUUCUCUCGUUUGGUAAGACAAGUGCAAAGUCAGAUGGGUGACGUGUUCAGAUGGGCGACGGCUACGACUUUUUCCCGUCAAUAUGGGAUGGCGUAAGCAUACAACCUGCGUUCGCGCAAAAAUGAAUCUCGUAGUAGCUGCUAAAGCUCUCUACUAAAUAUUCCCAGGCAUAAUCAAGCAUAAAUUCAGUUGAUAUUGAGAAUUUGUUUAAGUGCUACGAUAGUUUGAAACAAGGUUACUUGUCGCUUAUUGUACAUCUAUCACAUGCAUAAACGUCCGCGCAAUCACCGGCUACACUUGGUCACAUGGGCCAGCUUGAUUAUCAAUUAUUGUUAUUUUGAUGAUUGCUGAUUGACUGUAUAACAAAGUUGAAACAAUGAAUUUACAACCAGGAAUACCUUUAUGGACUGAGAUUUGCAGGGAAAGGGGAUAUUUAACAGUUAUUCUACGAACUCGAGUCGAGUAUGAGAGUGAGUGGGAUAACUGUUUUAUUAUUUUCACAAGGUCUGAAUUCACAGACUUGUUGUACACAAAGUUAGUCUGAAAUAUUAUCUAUUUUUAACCAUUUAAAAUUUUUAAAAUUCAUUUGCUAACCUGUAAACAAUUUGUGGGUGUUUUUUCAUUGUGUUUUUAAUCCUGUAAAGGCUAUAAAAAGCGAACAACUUGCCGCUUUCUCGUUCGCAAAACGUCGGAAAUUCAGUUUGAGUCGCCAUUUUGUUUUUCUCUACAACAGGAUAUGAGUUAAUAUCCUGCUAGUAGAGAACCAAUCAGAUUGCAGAAUACCUCAGAUCCAGACCUUGUGUAUAUAAUAAAAAUUAUUCUUUAUUAUUAUUAUUAUUAUUAUUAGAUUUAUUAUCAUUAUUAUAAAUUUAUUAUUAUUAUUUAUUUUUAUUAUUUUAUUAUUAAAAUGUUGUUAAUAUAUUGUCAAAUUAUAAGAAAAUUGUUGUUCCUUAUAGUUUUCACAAAAUCAUUGUGUCAUGUUAUCGAAGUCAUGUGUGGACCAUUAAUGCAGACACUUGAAAACAGAUUGGAAAGAAAUGAGAGGAAGACUGAAGACCUUUUGAGAGAGAAAGAAGAAUUAGAACGAAGACUUGAAGCUAUCCGAAAUGCGUAAUUUACAAUUUUAAUCUUUAUCGGUGAAACUAGUGAAAUAGGCUAGGCACACGAUAAAACUAGUGAAAUAGGAACACAAUUAUCCCGCCAACAAGUAUUAAAUCGACAUAGUGAUAUAUCAAAUGCCAAAAAGUCGACUGAAGAAUGACAGUCGCAAAUAGUUUUGAGACAUUUUCACUGUCUUCAUUUGACAGUACAAUUAAGGCCUGGUUCUACGAAGCCAGGAUAGCGAACAAGUCUUUACAUUCAUUAAACAACAUAAUUACAAGUUUUCAACUUGCAACUGUUCAGGACUUCAUAAUAAUACGUACCAUAACAUUGAAAUGUACGUAAUUAGUAGCAUGUUUGUAGUGGACUGGAACACAGGGUACGUAUAUAUAAAUAUUGAGCACUCUGCGGAGUUGUUAAUGGAUGUCUAUUAGCGAUAAUGCAAAGCUCACUUCCCUUGUGGUCGUUCGAGCACUCUGGCUCCAUUACGUUCUGCGCAUGUCUGGAUGCGUUGAGUCACCGUGUUGUACCACAUGCCUUGGUGAGAGCAAGUUCAUGGGGUAUUAAUACGAGUGUCUCACGUAUCUAGACGUGUACCAAGCUGCACUGACGAGGCGUUGAACGCCGAAACAUGCAUGUCUGCAGA